GAUAAGCAUAGCUUCGUUGUGACGUUUGUUCUUCCUCAACAGUACCUCGAGAUAACUUGUUCCAAGGCUAAUGUGAACCAGUAAACGUCAACUUGUCUAUAGACUAGGCCUUUGGAAAUGUUCGAAGUAUGGCAGAGGCAGCGAAGACUCGCACGAACAUGCUGGAGACGCCGGUGCAUACGGUGACAAAUCUGUCGUCAGCAGUGAGGACUUUGGCCCCAAGUACGCGGGUUAUGUCCAAGAUGACAUUGACGAUUACGAGGCGACUGAUGCUUUCACUCUCACACCCAUAUCCGAAGUUAUUUCUUCCAUGGGCGAUCGAAUAACCCAAGACAUCCAGGCAGUAAAGGCAAAUGCAAUCUUCGCUACUGCUGGCAGUCGCUACGCUUGGGAACGAUACAGGAACGGCUUUAUCAACAAUAUGGGAGAUUCGAAUAAUCUCGUAGCUCUCUGUCGGUCGGCCGAGACUGAGGAACAAUGCCGGGAAACUUUGGGUUUUCUGGACCCCUGGACUUGGCAGCCUCGCGAUUGCCGUGCAGACCUUUGGCCCCUGCUUUACGUUCAUGUCGUGGAAAGUAUGAACCACGAAAUGAGUCAACACGACAGGUGGACCUUGAAUGGCCCCCUUGGAGAAAAGCUUGCAAAUGCGGUUUCCUUCAUCCUCGCCGGGGACGGGAAGGGCUUCCUUCUCAAGCAAGGCGGCUCUGUCGACCUCUUUGCUUUCCAUCUGUUGGAUACGGUUAACGAGAAGUAUCACACGCUUCUUCCGGAUAUAGGAGAUAACCUCGGCAACCUCUUGGAGAGCAUGCAUUGCUGGGUCCUAUCCGUCGAUAAUCGAGGAAUUGAGACUUCCAGGGCUCUCACGACUCUGAGGCAGUGCGCACACUGGUGCUGGCAGAGUCUCGUCGAUAUUUCAAGCAACCUAGAUCAGAAGCGGCCCAAUAUCCAAUCUGCUCAUGGCAAGGUGCAGAAACAAUGGAAGGAGCAUCAUGAAGUCUACGGGACGUUAUGGUAUAUACUCGUCAUGCAGCUCCUCGCCGAAGAAGGCCUAAGCGAAGGGGAAGGAGGAGGAGGAGGCGGUGGCGACGGCGGCGGCGCUGGGUGUGCCGAGGGGGCGCGUAAUGCCAGGAGGGAUCUGGGCAUUUCGCAGUCGGAGGUACUGUCGUGCAUGUGCUGGGUUAUUGUCACCUACGAAGAUAGGGCUGCGCAUGCUCCGGGCGCUGCUGGGAUGAUGAUGAGCGGGUAUGAUCAUCUUCGAGACGAUGGUGAUGAUUCCCCUGAGCACUUGUUCCGACGGGUACAGGUUGCCGCCUAUAGCAUUUCUCACGCCCCAUCAAGGGGGUUGUGGGAGGAUUUCCUACGCUCUUUCAAGCGAUUCAACGAUCUUACUGUCAAGGAGGGAGGAGACGGUCUCGAUAUAGUCGUCGAGGCUGGAAAUGCUGAGAUGAGGGAGGCGGAGUAUGUGCGUUUUAGGGAGGAGAUCAUGGCCGAGGUUGUGGCUUUCGUCGAGGAUGCUCUGAGUGAGUUUGAGUCGGACGUUCGAUCGGACGGAGAAGGGAGCCGUAGGUGAGUUGCCAUCCGGAGAUGGAUCUCGAAGCUGGUAGGUCUACAUGCUUCCAAAGCGUCAAGACGAUUGGCGAUAGUCCAGGGACAUCUUCAGGUUUUAGUUAGGGUAUUUAUCUAGACUGUGUUCUUCUGUGUUGAUAGGAGGUAGUUUCUACUUUUACAUACACUCAAGGCAGUCAAGGCAAGAGAGCCCUUGUUUCAUCUAGGUAUUUAUAUGACUAGAAUACUCUAAC